CUUGUUUUUCCACCGCAUUCCUCACUACAGUAAGUCAACAGCUUCUCCCUAGAUUUUUCAUUGCCUCUUCAAGAUCCCAGGGCCUGUUCUUCGUCUCGCACUUUUUCGGCAUUCAUUCCAUGUGUGAUCUUCACUAUGACCUGACCGAAUGCAUCUGUCUAAUUGUACCGCUGACGUGAUGUUCAGUUUUCAGUACCACAACCUAGUGAUAGUACUGAUGCGCCUCCUACUUUGUGGUUCUGCUGAGGAUUCACUCAUCCACGACCAAGGUACGACGAAGAAGCCCCCAUCGAUCCUUCACAAAUCUCAGGUGAAGCUCGAGACCCCGAUGCGCCUGUACUACGCGCACCACAGCUUCAAAGCUUGCAACCCCUGGGUCAUAUUUGCGACGAGCAUCGUGGGCAACAAUGCUAUCAGCGCCUCAGGAACCAAGGAUGCCGAUGCAGCCCAUGAUCUGGUCGUCGGCCAUCGCUCCGCUUUGAUCCUUACUGCAAAGGCUUUCGAAGACCAUGGUCUGAACUUCUACGACACAACUCGAUUCGUCAUUCAACUACACAGCGUCACCCAAGUCUAAGACUUGCAGCUGCUCCGCACAUAUGUCAGGGCUGCAGACCUCAGCUCAGUUGAUCAGGCCAUGCUUGCGCAACAUCCCCGUAGUCAAUGGCCGGUCCCGGUCAUAGCGAUUAAUGAAGACCCAGAGGAGUACAGGCUGAGCGUGAUUACUUCUAAAGUCC